AUGGGGCGGGGGGCGGAGGGGCGUCCGGGCGGGCUGCCCGCCGCGCCGCCAGGUGGCGCCCUCGGCCCGCGGCGGGAGUGGCGGCGGGCCGGGGCGCGUCCCCGGUGUGCCGGCGCUAACCGGGCGCCCCGUCCGCCCGUCCCCUCCCGCGGAGCCAGGCGAGCGGGGCGGCAGCUGCCGGAGCGGAGCUUCCGCGGCUCCGGGGACGUGCUGCGGCGGGAGGAGUUCGCGGGUCGGGCGGCGGCCCCCCCAGAAGUAAGUGCCUGCCUGCCCCAGAAGUCACUAGCAAGUGAAGGAAAAUAACUUGAAGACAACUUUUUGCAGGCCCUGGCAGAAAGAGAGGAAGCCAAUAUUACUGGAAAAAUUUCUGCCGUCAUCUUCAUUUGUGACUGAAACACUCAUCAUCAGCAGGUAUCUGCAUACAUUGAGUAUGCACACAGACUGACAACAGGUGAUUUUGAAGUCUACUUCAGUGGGAAGAAAUGACUCUUCCCUUGGAACACUGAUCUGAGCUUUUACAACUGGGAUAGAAAUGUCAGCACUUCAAAUUCCAGCGCAAAUUACCAAGUGAUUGCCGAAAAUGCCUGUGGACUACUCUUCAAGAACAAAAAUGAUAGGAAAAUAAUAAACGUGGAUCCCAAGGAGACGACAUGGCCACCAGUUGAAACCGAUCUUGAUCUCUAUGUUGUUAUCUAUGACCAUAUCAUCAGAAGAGGGACCUAA